AUGUCAUAUUACUUCACAAUCCUUUCCGCCACAGACGUCCCCCUCUUCAGCCUGACAUUCGGCACCUCCAAAUCAGGCGGCGAUGGAGUUGCACGUUUCCGCACCCCCGAUUCCGCGCAAUACAUGAAUCAAUUUAUCGUGCAUGCUAGUCUGGAUAUUAUCGAGGAGACGCAAUGGACUAAUGGAGCUCUAUACCUCAAACACAUCGACACCUACCCCCCAACCGCAUCCUAUAUAUCCGCCUUCCUCACCCCCUCCGGCACACGCUUCAUCCUCCUCCACCAACCGCCCCAACUCCCCUCAUCAGCCGGUAGCGCCGGUGUAGGCGGAAUAGCAUCCUCCACAUCCUCCCUCGCCAGCACCCUCGGCGCAGCAGCUACUUCACGCGCAACCUCUAGCUCCAUCGCCGCAAAUCCCACAUCCCCUCAGACCGAGGAAGCGAUUCGGCAGUUCAUGACGGAGGUGUAUGAAAAUUGGGUCAAAACGGUGAUGAGUCCGUUCUAUAGGCAAGGGAUGCCGAUUACGAGUCCUGUUUUCAGGGGGAAGGUUACGGCGGCGGGGAGGAAGUGGUUAUAG